GACAUCGGCCCUCAGCCCCGCCCCUGCCGCCCGUCAGAGACUCACCGGUACCCACCACCUCGCUGAGCCCCACUUGGGCUCCCCACUCUGGACCUGUGGCACUGCAGGAUAUCCCCCCUGCUCUUCCUGAGGCCUGGGCAAGACUGACCACCAUGGUGCCCUUGGGGCCACUGCCUGGGGCCUGCUGGACUCCACUCAUCUCUCUGCUUCUGGUCUACUGUCUGCUGCCUCCAGGUGCCCAGGGGCAAAAGUUCCUGCUUGAGGUGGAGCCAAAAGACCUGGUUGUACCUGCUGGAGGGUCCCUCUUGGUAAACUGCAGUACAAAGUGCCCCAAUCCUGAACUCAUCAGCCUGGAGACAUUCUUACCCAAGAAGCCAGUGGACAAUGGCCCAGGCUGGGCAGCCUUCUGGCUCAGCAAUGUGACUGUUGAUAGUAAGGUCUUGUGCUCAGGCUUCUGCAAUGGCUCGCAGAUGGCAAGCUCUUCUAACAUCACAGUGUACCGGUUUCCGAAGCAUGUGGAGCUGGCAUCCAUGUCCCCGUGGAAGCCUGUGGGCAAAAACCUCACCUUGCGCUGCUUGGUGACAGGUGGAGCACCCAGAACUCACCUCUCUGUGUUGCUGCUCCGUGGGGAAGAGGUGCUGAGUCGGCAGCUGGCAGUUGGCGAGCCUGCAGAAGUCACAGCCACAGUGCUAGUCAGCAGAAAUGAUCACGGUGCCAAUUUCUCUUGCCGCACAGAACUGGACCUGAGGCCCCAAGGGCUGGGACUGUUUCAGAACAACUCAGCCCCAGGCCAUGUCCGAACCUUUGUCCUGCCUGUGAUGCCUCCUCGUCUCAUUGUUCCCCGGUUCUUGGAGGUAGGAACAUCCUGGCUUGUGGACUGCACCCUGGAUGGGCUGUUUCCGGCCUCAGAGGCCCAGGUCCAACUGGCACUGGGGGACCAGAUGCUGAAUCCCGAAGUCUCAAGCCAAGGUGACACACUCAAGGCCACAGCCACAGUCACAGCAAACACUGAGCUGGAAGGCACACGGAAGAUUGUCUGCAAUGUGACCCUGGGGGGCAAAAGCCAGGAGACUCAGGAGAACCUGACCAUCUACAGCUUCUGGGGGCCCAUCAUGAACCUGAGUGAGACCAUCAGGAACCUGAGCGAGCCCACGGUCCUUGAGGGGACCACAGUGAAUGUGACUUGCGCUGCUGGAGCCCGAGUCCAGGUCAUGCUGGACGGAGCUCCAGCUGUGACCCCGGGGCAGCUCGCCCUGCUUCAGCUAAAUGUCACCCAGAAGGACGACAAACGCAGCAUCUUUUGCAAUGCCACCCUGGAGGUGGAUGGGAUGGUCUUGCACAGGAACAGGAGUGUCCAGCUGCGUGUCCUGUAUGGUCCUAAGAUUGACCCAGCCAAAUGUCCUCAGAACUUGACGUGGAAAGAUAGAACGACCCAAGUCCUGCAGUGCCAGGCUUCUGGCAACCCGGUUCCCCAGCUACAGUGUUUGCACAAAGUCUCCAAGGUUCCGGUUCCCGUCGGGGUCCCAUUCCGCAUUACCUUAAAACAUAAUGGCACCUACUACUGCUGGGCGGCCAACUCACAGGGCACGUACAAUAUCACCGUGGUGAUAAAUGUUCAGGCUCGGUACCGGAACCCCCUCACCAUCACCAUCAUCAUGGCGGUGUUCGUGAUCCUGGGCUUUCUGAUUGUCACCACAGCCUUAGUAUACGUCUUCAGGGGGCGUAGUGACAUCUACCGUGUGAAUCGGGGGAACAACUUUUUGCCACUCAAAUCUAAACAGCCUGACGAGGCGCUGGGAGAGCAGCCAACCUGAGCCUCGCACCACCGGGUAAUGGGUCUACAACGACAGGAAUUUGUCUGUAUCCCAGGGUUCCGCAACAAUAAAGCCCUCAAAAUCCGGA